AUGAUUUUCUUUCCUUCCUUCCUUUUACUUUUCUUUCCUUUCUUUCUUUCUAGAAGACAUUUUAAUCUUUUAUUUGCAGGAAACAUUGUGAUUCUUUCUUUCUUUCUUUCUUUCUUUCUUUCUUUCUUUCUUUCUUUCUUUCCAGUAGGCACUAUAAUUUUUCCUUCCUUCCUUCCUUCCUUUUUCCUUCCUUCCAGCAGUCUUUGUUUCCUUUCUUUCUUUCUUUCUUUCUUUCUUUCUUUCUUUCUUUCUUUCUUUCUUUCUUUCUUUCCAGCAGAUACUAUUUUUCUACCUUCCUUCCUUCUUUCCUUCCAAAUACACACUUUGGUUUUCCUUCCUUCCUUCCUUCCUUCCUUCCUUCCUUCCUUCCUUCCUUCCUUCCUUCCUUCCUUUCGGCAGUCUUAUCCUUCUUUACUACCUUCAAUCCAUCCAGCACUCAUUCAUUCAUUCUUUCUUUCUUUCUUUCUUUCUUUCUUUCUUUCUUUCUUUCUUUCUUUCUUUCCAGGAAACAUUACGAUUCUUUCUUUUUCUUUUUUCUUUCCAGCAGACAUUACGAUUGUUUUCCUUCCUUUCUUUCUUCCUUUCUUUUAG